CCAGCUUCAGCCGCUCACACCCUCGUACUGCAGUUUGCCGCCUGUGUGCGCCGAAUGACGCUGCAAUUCUGACUGCACACAGCCGUCGCGGCACAUGCGCUGCUGGCCCACAUUGCGCGCCGAGACAUGCCCUCGCAGAGCCCCAUCGACUGCGAUCUCGUCUCAAGCUCUAAAGUCUGAUACGUCUGCUCCCACCGACAACGAAGGCCCCGCCAGCUCCGAAGCGCAGCUCGAGGCCCUGGCGGACGCUCAGCACAAGGCCGCGCUGCCGAGGACGGGGCGCCGCCACGGACGCAGAUGCGCAUGACGGCGCUGCUCCGCUGCAGCUCCUCUGCACCACAGACCGCGCCUGAAUUACGCCGAUGCAGAAGUCCACGUCUCGAUUGGUAGCAGAUGAGUAGAAUACAGAUGUGAAUGCAGAGCGGAGCCA